UGCAUUUUGCACUUUACAGAAAAAGACAAAAGGAUUUAGAAUAAUCUACAAAUAUGCUGCUGAAAUGCACUUGGCUCUUGCUCUUGGUCCUGUCUCUGAUGGCAGGAGCCUUUGCGAGCAGCGGAUGUCCUGUGGGCUUCAAGUCCGAGAACAGUCGGUGCACCGUCGAUCGUCCCGUCCACGGAUCCUGUCCCUCUGGAUCCACCUACACCCUCAGCGUUGGCAAGUGUGUUCACGACUAAGGAUCUCAGAGGAAUUGAUAUCUUAAUACCAUAUAAAAAUAAAAGUGAAAGGAAAUAUAAACUAAUCAAUGUGCAGUUUGAAAAAUUAUAUUUCUAGGAAAAGUGUAUGUUAAAGUAAAGCUAAAUUAUGAAAUAUUAAAAAAUGUUAAAAAUAAAAUUAAAUGAUUCUAAAAAAUAA